AUGGGGCUGGAAAGAGUUACAGUAGCGGCACUACUCACAGGAAGGGAGUCUCUAGCACCCCCUAGUGCCAGAGUUUAUGCAGUCAUUCAGCAGGAGGCCGAAAGGUCGCUUAAUUUGAUCAGAGGUACCAUUCUUAUCAGAGGAUAUGCUUUUGAUGCUAUCUUUGAUUCAGGAGCUACCCACUCCUUCAUAUCGGAAUUUGUUGCUAAUGGGUUGCAUGUGCCCAUUUAUGAGUUCACGCCUCCUAUGGUAGUGAAGAUUGCAACUAGAGACAUAGUUUCUACUUCUUUGAUAUGCAAAGAAGUCGGAUCCAUAUUUGAGAAAGAAGAGUAUAUGGUGGAUUUGAUAGUGCUUGAGGGCAUGAAUCUACACAUUAUUCUGGGCAUGGAUUGGUUGGUCCGAUAUGGUGUGAUGCUUGAUUGUUGUAGCAAAAGGAUUUUCUUUUCUGCAAAGUGA